AUGCCCACACUGUUCACCUUCGAGCAACAAGACGGUCAAUGGAGCCACGACGUAAUGACUACCUUUAAAAGAUUCCACUGCUCGCCUUUCCUCACACCUGCUCGUCCACAAUGCUCCUUCCUCGACAAUGACCCGGACCUCUACAACGUCCUGUCCGGCAUGUCAAUUGCACCCCAGGCUCCGCUGGAUCUGGCUUCUGCGCGCCUCCCGCCGCCGCAAACACCCAGAAACUCCGUGGCCUCCUCCAUCGCCGCUCACUGGCCAACAUACCUCACGCCUCCUCUGAAUCCGCUUCUCAUCUCGAGCCCGCUACACGACAGCGUUCCGGUGGGGAGAAGCGACUUCCUCCAUCCAGCGACGGGAGGGAACCAGCUCAAGCGUCCCGAAACACCGACACUCCAUCACGCGCUUCCUCCCCUCCAGUCCCGGUUCGCCAAUCAGCGGCGUCCCCAUUCGCGGCCUCGACGAUCGCGCCUCCCCGUCUAUCGCCCCGAACUCCGGCUCGAAGCAGACGAUGCUCCACCUCCAUACUCAGCCCUCGAUCCGCUCCUCACGCCCCCUUCCAACAGUCGGAAUCACACUGACAACGACAACACGCAUUGGAAGACAAUGAAUAGAGUGAAGGGCAAGAUGGCCAAGAAUGUCAAGGAAGAGAAGAGGAAAGUGAGGGAGCUGCCGCAGGUGGCGGGGAGGAUGCAGAAGGAGUGGCAGGCUAGCAAGGCGAGGAGUAAGAUCGAAUGGCUGGAGAAGAAGGGGUUUUUGAGUGAUUAGGAGAGCCUUUUUAAGGAGGAUUUGAGGGGCGUGAGGGAACAUGUAUAGAUAAAGCAAUUUUCG